CUUCAGAAUCACCUGUCAUAAAUAUCAUUCCUCACCUGUUUCCCUCCGAUGCCAAUUACCUAUUGAAUCGAUCUAUCGUCGUAUUCCAUUCUACGCAGUCCCGCGAUUCCCUUCAAUCGUUAGAUUUCAUCGAAACAUCAACUCCAACGAUCAUGGCCGACCCAACUGAACUAACUGAACCACUCGCCGAGGAAUCCUCAGCAGCAGCGGCAGAAGCCUUCAAGUCUGCCAAAGUAUCCCUUGCAGAUCUCUGCGCGAAGGGAACUGCACAAUAUGCGCACAAGAAUUACGAGGAGGCAGCCGAUCUGUAUGCGCGCGCAGCAGAGCUCCAAGCUGAACUCAAUGGCGAGAUGGCUCCCGAGAAUGCGGAGAUCCUGUUCCUUUACGGUCGGUCGCUGUUCAAAGUUGGUCAAAGCAAAAGUGAUGUUUUAGGAAACAAAGCUGCGGGUGAGGAGAAGAAGAAAUCCAAUGGUGCGGCGAAGGCAAAGAAAGAACAACCAAAGCAGGAGAUUAAGAGCGAAGCUGAAAAAGUGGCCGAAGAGGGUGUUGCGAUAAUCGCAGAGCAGAAUGGUGGUGCGGUCAAGUCAGAGGAUGGUCCUAAUGCCAAGAAGCCGUUGUUCCAAUUUACGGGCGACGAGAAUUUUGAAGAUUCAGAUGAGGAUGAAGAGGGCGAGGAUGGUGAAGGUGAAGCAGAGGAGGAAGAAGAUGACCUUGCUGCCGCAUUUGAAGUCUUAGAUCUUGCACGCGUCCUAUUCACAAAGAAGUUGGAGCAGCCAGAAGAGGGAGAGGGUAAAGGAAAGGAAGUUGGAGACUCGCUCGCGACAAGACACGACAAGGAGCGACUGGCAGAUACGCAUGAUUUGUUGGCAGAGAUAUCUCUAGAGAAUGAGAGAUUCCCUGCGGCGGUCACCGAUUUCAGGGCCUCCUUGGCCAUCCACCAAAGCUUGUUUCCUGAAGAGCAUGAGGCAGUUGCUGAAGCCCAUUACAAAUUAUCUCUCGCUUUGGAAUUCGCAUCUAUCACCAGAGCCAAGGAAGAAGGCGAGGAGUCUAAAGAAGCGGAAGAUGAAGCACACUUUGAUCAAGCUAUGAGAGAUGAGGCUGUCAAGGAAAUGGAGGCUGCUAUCGCAAGUGUGAAGCUCAAAUUACAAAACAAAGAGGUUGAGCUUGCAUCUUCCCUCUCUUCUGAUGACAACGAGAUCACAACAGCCCAAAUUGCAGACGCUAGGGAAAUCAUUGCUGAAAUGGAACAACGCCUUGCCGACCUCAAAGCCCCCCCUGUUGAUGGUGUCAAGGACGCAUUGUACGGACCAGCUAGUGGAGGCAACCCUCUAGGCGGUCUCCUUGGUGCAAGUCUGGGAGAGUCACCUGCCGAAGCAGCUGCUCGGAUUGAAGAGGCCAAGAAAACUGCAACUGAUCUUACGGGACUUGUCCGCCACAAGAAGAAGCCCAAGGAUAGCGAGACAAAUGCUCCAGAGCCAAGCGCAAGCACCAAUGACACGAAUGGAAAGCGCAAGGCAGAGGAUGAUGCAGAGGAUAAUGAUAAUGCGAAGAAGGCAAAGGUGGAGGAGGCUGUCGCCAAGGAAUAGGUAGGGUUAUGUAUGGUUUUCCUACUGGGCUGCGGUGGGGGGCAGGGGGGAUAUGAAAACGGUUGGCGUUCACACAGGAUACCAAGGAACAUCGGUGGCACCUUCUAAUCUGCAUGUUUGCAAAUGCAACAU